UUGUAUCCGCAUGUUAUUAUGCAUUUUUGGCCCCAUAAUUCGCAAACUCAUAGUCAACGACAAAAAAACCAACCUAUUGUAUAAGCGGUUUUACAAAUUUACAAGAAUAUGCAUAUACGUUUUAUGGGAAAAUUGUUGUUCGUACUAUUAUCAUGAUAUUGAUAAUAUAGUUAUUAUCUGACGUGAGAUGGCGCGCAAACUGUCAAAAAUUUGCUCAAUGGCUGCGCCCUUUAGCUGGGGGAAAUACUGUGUCGCACAUCGACAUUAUCUAGGAAAGGACAUUGAAUUGCCAUAUUAGUAAUACUUACAUAUAUUCUUUGUGGGAAUACACGCCAUUGGUUACCGAUAUACUGUGGUUGUUAUCCUAUUACGCUAAAGUAGACGUGCAAUGCACCGCUACAAAAUAAUACUAAUAGUAGUCUAUAGGCCUAGUACGUAAUAGCGGCUGUGAACUGCUUGAUAUAGUCUGUCUGUACUGCAUAGGCUAUAGUCGUAAACAAUGACGCUAGUUUGAGGCUAUCUAUAACCAUACAUUUCUCUUCAUGUGUGCAUCAAUGGCUUUCAUCACACGUGCUGUGCUGCCAAUGUGCAAGCAGCACCAACAGAAAUGUUUAUACUUGGCUUCAAAGAGCUGUGUGUGCAGCAAUCAACGUCAAAUACACACAUACCCCAAGUUAAAACCAAGUGCAUAUCAACACCGUGGUUACUGUCCUCCGGUUCUGGCACUCGAGAGCCGUUUGUUCUGGACACACUCCACCAGGGGGCCCCUCAUGACGGGCGACUACGAAUGGCAAGAUCCAAAGUCAGAAGACGAAGUCGUAAACAUUACGUACAUAGAUAGAAAGGGCAAUCGAGUAGCCGUGCGAGGUAAAGUCGGCGAUAACGUCAUGUAUCUCGCACACAGGUACGGUGUUGAACUAGAAGGUGCGUGUGAGGCAUCACUGGCCUGCUCCACAUGCCACGUGUACAUACCGUACGAGUUACUGGAAAGGUUACCCGAACCAAAAGAGGCCGAAGAGGAUAUGCUGGAUAUGGCUCCAGCCCUGAAGGACAAUUCAAGAUUAGGUUGCCAAAUCAUCCUAAACAAAGACUUGGAUGGAAUGGAAUUGACACUUCCACCAAUGACGAGGAACUUCUAUGUGGAUGGACACGUUCCAGAACCACAUUAGAAGCACUAACGAGUUCUUUCAAUAGGUGCAUUCUGUAUACAGUAGAGCAUGUUCCUAAAACUGUUAGAAGAACCACUGAUCUCGCGAUCAGAGACAGCACCUACGAUCAUGUUUGCGAUGUGAAAUGGUUCCACCCAAGAGCAUGCAAGUUAUUUGAGCAUUGCUAGCUUACAUGUGUGUACGCGAGUCAUUUUCUAUUGAGUAAAGGAAAUUGUGCCAAAAUUAGUGUAUAGUAUAUUUGUAGUGUUCUUGGGAGCCAUGCGAUAUAACUUAUGUAGGGGGUGGGAAAACCAUGACUGUGUAUUUACCGCUAUGCUUAUUUAGCUAUUAAACUACCUCACUUGCUGA